AGCAUCUGAACAUUGAGCACAGCUUUUGAAAUAAAAAUGGAUCUUAAUAAAUCCGAAGAAAUAAAUAAAAAUCUAGUUAUUGAUGCAGAUGAAAUAAUAAAAUUUUUAGAAAAAGUAAAACAAGCUGAAGAAACAAAGUAUGAAAAAAAUAAGAAACUUCUUGACAUAAUUGGAAUAAACUUGGAAAACUUUGAUGAAAAUGUUACAGAAGAAUUAAAUAAAUUAUCGAAACUACAAUAUCAAUUAGGAUGUAAUGAAAGUUCAUACAAUAGUUUGAUAUUACAUGCUGUUGAUCGUAAAGCUGAUUAUUUAAAACAACAGCGACAAGCAAAUAAAAUAAAUAAAGAAAUUAAAAAAAUAUCAAAAGUUACAGAAGAUACUUUAAGACAGACGAAAACAUUAAAAAGAGAUUAUAAAACUUUACAAGAUGAUCUAGAAUUACUAAAAGUGGAUCAAACUGAACAAAAAGAAUUAGAAGAAAAAUUGAAACGCUAUAAAGCAGUACUAAAAAAGCUUGAAAAUGAUCUUCAUAAAUAUAACUUACCUGAGCACAAUAUUCUAAAUUAUGAGGAGGAUAUAGAAAAUUUAAAAAAAUUGCAACGUAGAAAAAUUGAAUUGAGUGAAAAAUUAUCGAAAUAUAUGGGCGCAUCACCAGAUAUUGAUGUAUUAUGCAAACAAGUUGAAGAGAUUGAAUCGCAAUAUAAAGAAUUACAGAAAAAAUUUACUAAUUUAUUCUAAAUGAUUUACUAAUGCUCUAAUUUUAUAAAAUAGCGGUUAUGGUUAAUGUUUUAACUAAUUUAACUAAUAGCCGAUAUGGUUAGUGUUUUAACUAGCUCAAAUAUCUCCAGCUUGGAUUUAAUAAGGGUCAAUUUUUCAUUUGUUUGAACAAAAUACAGAGUAAGUCUCGAAAAAUUUCAUAUUUCAACGGAAUGACUUAUUUAGAGUUUACGUCCGUACGUACCAACUAAAAAAAUGAUCAGAACUGGAAGGUAGGAUAUCUGGUACAUCUACCAUUUCCAUAUUGCAAUUGACUGGGCCAAAAAUGUGUGUAAAAAUACACUUAUAGGUAAAGCGGGUCUUCGAUUUUGAAACUUAGA